CAAUGUUUCAUGUUCCUACCCCGGGUUUUGAUGCAUCCUUGGCCAACACCAUCUUCCAUAGACCGGUGAAUACAUGGGCACUCAAACAAAUGGUGUUUGAACUCGCCUCGAUAUAGCUCCUGCAACUGCUCGGGCACUUGGAAUCCAUUUUCCAAUGUACCGAACUCCCAUCUCUCGAUAAAAACAGGGGGCCCCAGUCACUGUUCACAUUGUCAUUGCUAUACUUUAAUGGGUGAACUCACCUCCAUUUCGCUCGCUUCCUCACUCGCUCUCUUGCAGUACUGCUGCCGAUUUAGACAUGAUCACUUAUACCCCCAAGCGUCCGCGAGAGAAGGAGGACCAUGAGCCCGAUGGAAUCACAACUCACGAAAAAAAGAAACAUCGCUCUUUACCUCUACGUGCCUCUCCCCAAACAAAUAGCAGUUUCCCGUUCUUGAAAAGUGACCAGAAUGCCCCACAAGUCGGCGUGUCGAGUCUGACCCCAGCGGAGUCCUCGGAGGACGAUAAUGAUCAUGGGCAUCGUGGUGACAACCCUCGCAGCUGCUCAUUGGAAGCAGAGUAUCAGCAGGCCCAAUCAGUGCUUUCAGCCGCUCGGUAUGGCACGGAAAUGGACGUUGACAACGGCAACAAUGUCGGUGUGGAUUUUGUUGACGAGAGCUGCAAUGACCGCUCACAACAAUCCCCGAUACCACCCAGAGUCAUCUACCGCUCGCUCACUAUAAGCGAGCAACAGACUACACGCCUCGCCCAUGAAGCCUGCCCCUCUGCGGUCGAUUCCACUGAGAACAUGGAACAUCGAAACGGUGCAUAUCGUACACGUCGCGAUGCUUUGGAUGACUUGUAUAACGACCGCAAUACAGCUUGGUGGCGUGAUCAACAUCUUCCCAGCCCCGUUAGUGACGGCGAUGCCAUGGCCAUCAGUAGCAAAGAUUCGGCUAGCGAUGCGGAUAUGACCUACACUAUGUCGCGCCCGGCGUCCCCUUCUUCUGGACAAAUGAGUGGCAUGUAUACGAGCACGCGUGAAUCACACCCUUCGCCGGGUACUAUUACAGGGGGUGAAACCAGCCCAAAGAAGUUGACAUUCUCGAUGGGUUACCGGUCUGAUUGUGAGAAAUGUCGACGCAAGGUCCCUGGUCACUACAGUCACAUUAUACGCUGUUGAUAUUUUUAUGAUACCCUAGGCUCACGGUGUUUCUCGAUGUUUCUUAUUUUACGUUUCUUAUUUUACACGUCAAUGUAGUGGACGAUACGGAGCACAACAGGCUGCUGUUAUAUACAAUUCCAGUAAAGAGUUGUGAAUCUUGGUCACUAUCACAGAAUGUUGAUUCCCUCCUGCAGAGUCGAAUCGUAAAUCUAUUUACCUACUUUGAUUUGCUUACCUAUUUCGGAAUGCACACUUCUAGACCUCCGGAAAUGGAGCUAUGGCUACCAAGCACUGUCCGGUCGUUUCCGACUUGGUGUUCCGAUGAAGCUGACAUAAGCAUUCGGAUCCGAACAAGACGGAACGGAUUCGACUGGUUAUUUGCCAUCGGAAAGCAAACCGUAUGUACCUCGUCGAUAACAUAUAAGGUAAGGUAUACCGAUGGGAAGUACCUGCUUGGGCAGGCGAGAACAGCAUUAGAUCACUCAAAAUUGACCACC